CUCUCUCUCUCUCUCUCUCUCUCUCUCUCCCCCCCCCCCCGUCUCCUUCCCGCUGCGAGCCUUAGGCUGAGCCUUCCGAGGAGUCCCAGAGGCUGCAAGGGAGCUUUGCACGACCUGACUCCGAAGUUCGAUAUAUAAGUUGGAAAUCUUUCCUGAUUGUUCUUGAGUCUUAAAUAUCUUGUGUAGGAAGAGGGCUAAAUGGACUUAGGAAAUUUUGAGAGACCUCUUCUGAUUAGGAAGACCUGUGCACAUCCAUCAGUCUGUUUUGGAGCUGGAUUAGAGAGCAGAGAGAAGAUGGAGGGACAACGCCCAGUUGGAAAAAGCCCUGCAGCUGGUCAGUCUUGGAGCAUUGAGAUGAAUGGGGCAAGUCCUGGGCAGAAGAGUCAAGAAGAGGAAGCCAACAGUUCAGAGGUCCAAUGCUGUCACUUCAGAAAAGUGCAGUUCCAGGAGGGGAGGGGUCCCCGAGAAGUUUGCAGUCAGCUUCACCGCCUUUGCUGUCAGUGGCUGCAGCCAGAAAGACACACAAAGGCCCAGAUGCUGGACCUGGUGCUCCUGGAGCAGUUCCUGGCUUUCCUUCCCCCAGAGAUGGAGAAAUGGGUGCGGGAGUGUGGAGCGGAAACCAGUUCCCAGGCAGUGGCCCUGGCCGAAGGCUUCUUGCUGAACGUGGAUGUGGAAAAGAUGCAAGAAGAGUUCCAGAAAUCCUUGGAAGCUACGACUGAGUAUCCCAAGGGGGGGAAAGAUUCAUCCAAACCCUCUCAAGAGCUGCUGUUCGGGGAGAACUUCCAGAAAAGUCAAAGUCAGGACAUCACGCCAGAGAAUAGAAAGCUGUCCGUGGAAUUUGUAGAGUCACCUCCUCUUUGUGGUGGAGCUGAAAGAUUGGCUGAACCUCUACUUCAGGUCAGGAGGAGAAACAUCAGAAAAGGAUGUUGUGUCUUUUGAGGAAGUGGCUGUGUAUUUCUCCAAGGAGGAGUGGUCUCAACUAGACCCUACCCAAAAAGCGCUUCACGGAGACGUCAUGCUGGAGAAUUCCAGGAAUCUGGCUUCUCUGGGCUUUAAUGGGCAAGAAAAUAAGAAUUGCAAGGAAGAAUGCCAAAUGAUCCAUUCAAAAGAGGGAAAAGAAAAGUUUCCAGAUCUGAUACAGCCAAAGAGUGAUGAAACGAAGCAAUCACAAAGUGGAAUGAAAAAAGG